AUUGUUCAUUUAAUUUCUUAUUGUAGUUUUUUUCAUUGAAAUACAAAUUGAUAGAAUGACAGUAAUUUUGUAUCCAGCAAGCUCAUUUCAAGGAUAUUUUGUGAAAAUUGCCUGAAUUUGCCAUCAUGUGGAGGUGCAUUGUGUCAGACUGCUGCAAUGCUUCUGGGGCAAGAAGAGACAUUAGCAUGUUCUACUUACCGGCUGAGAAGCACAAUGCUGUACUCUGGCUAAAACGAGUUGGCAGGAUGGAUUUGCUUGCACGCUCCGGGAACCCCUACAAAUUCAUACAUCGAGUUUGUUCACGCCACUUCAGUCAGAAUCAGUACAACUUGCGUGCCAGCUUCAAGACUCCAAGACUUCUGCCAAAUGCUGUACCAGACCAAGAAUUGCCAUCAGUUCCAAAUGCUUCAGAUACAUUGCAGUUGCGGUUGCUUAAGAAAUGUGGUGGCACAGAUGAAGCCAAAACUGUCAGCAUCUCAGAUGAAUGUAACCAAGCUGCUGAGAAGCACAGCUCAAAGCUGAAGCUGGAGCUCAGAGUGGACACGGUUAACUCCAUCCAAGAGCUACAGUUAGGCACAUCUUGUGGAGAUGCUGGUCCUACUGCAAAAAAGAUUGUGCGACUGCAACUGCCUCCUGGGAUGACUGUGCAGGAAUUUGCUGCGUCUAAGGCUUUUAAGGAAAUUACCAGCAAGCUGCCCACCCUCGUGAAUAAUAACAACAAUAAUAAGUCCGUAUUGCUGACAGUGCCAAGAUCUGCAGCAAGCACCAGUACAAUUGCUGCAGAUGAAAUAAGUGAGAAUGAUAAGAGCAAUGGAUCAGCGGACAGAAGUUCUCUUUCUAGUGAGAUAACCGCGCCAUCUGAGAAGCUGUCAGUCAACAUCAGUGGGGGAUCAAGUGCCACCAAAAUUCAGUUGGUGCGCGUCAAGGCUCGUGAUGUGCUAUGCAACAACAGCUCUUCUGCCUCCAAUACCAGCUUAGCAUUUCCAAAUCUAAUCCCACCUGGGCCUCUGCUACACUCAAACCCUACAUCCUCUUUCUCCAACCUGCCCUUUUCUGCAUCACAUUCAGGUCCAACAUCGUCUUCCUCCAACCCACCCUUGUCUGGGUCACACUCAAGGUCUUUGUAUACUAGCUCACAGUUAAGCCACAACUCGUUUUCUACCGCCCGCCAGAGGCGGUCAAUACACACUCCUCGAUAUGAGUUCAAUACUGAUGGUGCUGAUGGAGACAUAGAUGACGAGGAAGAUGAUGCAUGCAAUGAAGAGACUGACGAAGAGGCAUCCGACGACAAAGCUUCCGUCAAGCGAGCUCUACGUACACAUUACGGAGACAGUGCCCCCAAGAAAAGAAAGCUGGAGCCUGAAUCUGACGUCCCCAAUAUGGACACCAGUGGUGACGCCUCGGGUGCGGACAAGAGGGCCUACUACCAAUUCAUGCACGACCUCGACGUGAAAAGACGGAUGCGCAACAGCCUCCUGGAGAAAAUAAGGCACCAGAAAGAGUUGCUGGUAAAACGUAGUAAAGAGCUACAAAGGUACCGAAUACAGCUUCAACGCAUCCGCGAAAAAAACAGUCAGCGUGGAGAGAUGAGCACAGCCGAGUGUCUACAGGUGCUCAACGGCAACAUGCGUGAGCACGCCCUCGAGUUACUCUACACUCAGCUCAUGGCUGCUCAAACCGCCCACCAAGAUGGCAUGGAAUCUUCAGCAAACGGUGAUGCUUCCUCCAGCCGUGUUUCAGGUUCAGCUCACGAGGAAAGACUCCAGGCUGAGUCAGAGAGCCAAGAAAGCAAUUCAGCUAUGAGGAUGCCCGAAGAAAUUGUGUACACUCCCAAAGUCUUGGAAGCAGCGUUGCUCUUUAGUGUUGCUGGGAAGAAAGCUUACAAAGCCAUGACACAAUCGCUCAAGCUACCUUCAUAUAGUGAAAUCGUUAAGUGGAAGAAAAUCAUCCGAAUGAAUCCUCCGUUUUAUCGUAAGCAUUUCCCUCAUCUAAAAGCAAAAUUUUUCAAAAAGAAGCGUCCGGAAGAAAGAGGAAAAAGAAAAGAUUUAGAAGCUGAGCCUUUCUCACACGCUGAAGAGAGACCAACGGAGUGUUAUGGAUGGCAGAGCGAACAAGGAACAAGCCAUAAAACAAUCAAUAACUCCUCUAAAAAAUCAGACUCAGUAACUCCUGAAGAGGCUGAUAGAAUGUACAAGAAGCUCAUUGAAACCGAACGUAAGCUUCGUGCCAUUUUAUCUGGCGGCGAUGCUUCAAGCAAGUCAUCAAGACUAGACAACGAUGAAGAGUUGGACGACCCAAUGCCUGACGAUGACACUAUUGACUAUAACUUGGAAGCCUCUGAGUUUAUCAAGCAUUUGAAAGCCAGGGAGAAGAGAUUAAUUUACGGUGAUAACUGGGAGCAUCAGAUUGCAGAGCUCGAAGAACGAGAUGAUAUUUCUGACUCUGAAUUUAUAGAUUCCCGUAGCAUGUCGGUCUCCGAACAAACUACAGUGGAACUCACGUCCGUCAAUGAAGCAAUAGAUCGAGUAAUCAGCAACGUCGUAAGCAAAAAAGGUACAAGUGAAGAUCCUCUGCAAUGUGGUACACGGACUCUUUCUAUUACGGCGACCAGUGAUGGCAGCCCUCAUGUUCAGAAUGACGAUCAGUGUCUAGACUCGAAUGUACUUAUGGUGGACACCCAAACACUCGAUGUUAGUCUGAGACUCAAUCCAGAAUCGCAUGACCACGUGUAUGACGACGCUUGUGUUCCUAUCAGCACUGGAAGAGGUGAAGGAAGUGCGGCCAUAUCAGUUGGCGAUCAGAUUAUUCCAUAUACUGAAACUCGGCUGUCACUGAGCAAAAACUCAACAGUUGGGACUGGAGACACUGGUGUUCUUUUAUCGUCACUGAAACCUGAAAGAAACUAUAAAGAAAAUAAUUGUCCUUCAUUUAGUGCAUCGAAAAAGGUUACAUUCUUCACGUCAGAUGCUAAUAAAGCAACUGCAUUUGAUAAAGUUCCAAUUAUCAUCGAGCCCGCUUCUUCAGUUACAGUUGACAACAGAAUUUUAAAAGGAAUUUCAUUCAAGAUUUUAGACUCAGAUAGUGAGUCAUACAGCAACUCGGCAAUUUCAAGUCAACCUGGUACUGGAAUUUCAACCUCCGAUGAUCCAUGUAAAAGUUCAGAAUUCAUUUGAUCCUAAUCUCAUUUUCAAAUGAUCGAACCUUUUAGUCGUCGUCGAUCAACACCUAUGCAAUAUCAAUGCUAAGAGAGAACUUUAUGCGCAAUAACUCAAGGAAAAUGAUGGAGUUCUGGAGGCCAUUAUGCAACUGUGCGCUUGUAUUUCGAGCUCUGUUCUGGGCGUGGACUAGCUUCUGAUUGAUCGGCUGGAGUAAUCCUGUUUUUUAUUUACAUUGCCCGUCUUUAAUUUAAAACUGACUUUCGUUCAUUUGUUAAAACCUUUUGUUCCAUUGAAAACGUUUUUUUAAAUAAACUCGCAUUUCAUUGCUCUGAAGUAAGUUGCAGUUUUUUGUACUCUCUUAUAGACAGCAGCUGAUCUUAUCACUACCUAAAUUAGACGGUCGUUUUCUAAGAAGUACAUUUAGUUAACUCAUUAAAUAUUAGCGGCAAGUUCAUUUGUCGUGGCUUGUUCGUCUAAUAAUAUUGCUGUAAUAAAUUUUACAGAUGUCUAUCUUCACAAAUGUAUUAAGAUCAAUUCAAGCGAGUUCGCAAUUGAGGUGGUUUUUCUUUAAAAAACAUGUUGAUGAUAAAUUCAUUUUAUAAAUAAAAUUAUGCAUAGUUCUUUGGUGUAACCUAUUUCUGCUGAGAACCUGCAUCAUUUCCUACUGUUAACUAUUUCGUAUCAAAUCUGUCAACGAUUGUUCUCGCUAAAAUGACAUUCGGAGUGAGUAGGUUACUUUUUGUCACUGAUAUUUAUGUUUAUAUUACGGAUUUUAUUUAUUUUUCUUUAUUAUCAAUGUUGUAGGAUGACCUCCAUAAAUAUUACUGAAGCCAACGCGUAUUUAAUCAACUAUAUCUCUGUUGUACGGUCGAAUAAGUUUAUUUGUUAUAUAUAGAGUACUAACAUGAGUUAGUGGGCAGUGAGGACGUUGUAAUUACCGCUGUAAAGCUGGCCGAUGAGCACAAACUUUGAAAUUACGCGCGCUGUGACGAUGCACAUAUUAAUUUUGAUGAACAUAUUAAUUCUCUGGACUCCUAUGUUGUGAAAUAAUUUAUUUCACAGAGACAAAGGAUUAUAAGGGACAAAGCUGCGCGGAGAACAGAGUUUUAUCUAAUUUCACCGCCAAAAGAAAGUAUUUUUUUGUUUUUAUUAUUUAUUGAGCUGCUGCAAAAUCACAUUUAAUUUCAGAUGUAUGGAAAUGGUGGUAUACUGGGUACUGAGGCAAGUUGUUGGUCAUGAUGAAUGUCAGUACAAUUCGCUGCAACUGUAAAAAC